UCCAGCACUGGGGAGCCCGUGGGGGCUCACACUGUGCUGCACACACCCCCUGCCACGGGGACUGGCACAGAGCUUGGCACGGAGAUCACAACUCCUUCCUGCUCCGCUGCGGGUCCAUGACUGGAGCCAGCGCUGGGCUGAACCGGGCACACGGGUGCUGGGCAGCCCUGGGACACCACAGUGCACCAGAUGAGAGGACUCUGAUCACCAGUCUGCCAUCGUGCCCUGGCUAUGCCCCGUGCUGGACACUUCCCACCCCACAGCCCCUGGUGAGCGGGGAAGAAGCCUGAGCCUCCUCCAGGUCGGGUGACUCUGGCCUCCCUCGGCUGCCAUGGAUUGGAAAACGCUGCAGGCGCUGCUCAGCGGGGUCAACAAGUACUCCACAGCCUUCAGCCGCAUCUGGCUCUCCAUGGUCUUCGUCUUCCGUGUGCUGGUCUACGUGGUGGCGGCCGAGAAGGUCUGGGGCGAUGAGCAGAAGGACUUUGAUUGCAACACACGGCAGCCGGGCUGCACCAACGUGUGUUAUGACCACUUCUUCCCCAUCUCCCACAUCCGCCUCUGGGCUCUGCAGCUCAUCUUUGUCACUUGUCCUUCCCUCCUGGUCAUCAUGCACGUGGCCUACAGGGAGGACCGCGAGAGGAAGAACCGGGAGAAGAAUGGAGAGAAUUGCCCCAAGCUCUACAGCAACACGGGCAAGAAGCACGGCGGGCUGUGGUGGACCUACCUGUUCAGCCUCAUCUUCAAGCUUAUCAUAGAGAUCCUGUUCCUCUACCUCCUCCACAAGAUGUGGGACAGCUUCGAUUUGCCACGGCUGGUCAAGUGCUCCAACGUGGAUCCCUGUCCCAACACCGUGGACUGCUACAUCGCUCGGCCAACCGAGAAAAGGGUCUUCACCUAUUUCAUGGUCGGAGCCUCCUCCAUCUGCAUCGUCCUCACCGUCUGUGAGAUCUUCUACCUCAUCUUCAAGCGAGCUGUCCAGAGGGCAAGGAAAUGGAGGAAAUCCACCAAGCGCUCCGUCAGCUACAGCAAGGCCUCCACCUGCCACUGUCACAUCAAGUCAGAGGAGAAGGACAACAAGUCCCAGCCCAGAGGAGAAGAGCUGUGAGCUCACCCGUCCCAGCCAGCUCACAUUCCCCUCAACUUGGCUUUUCCAGCCUGCCAAAUCCUCAAACCCUCAAGAGUCGACCCGUGUGAAAAAUGACUAAACCCAGCAAAGUAACGUCCCUGGAGAGAGACCCACGGGUGCCUGAGCAGACACAGGUAAGGCAAGGGCAGCCCUGGAGCUCUGCAGGUGGCAGUGCCACAAGCAUGGACAUCAGAGCAGCACACAGAUCCUCUGUGUCCCGCAGCUUCUCUUGGGUCCUGCAGCUCUGCUGCUCCCAUGCUGGGUGUGAGUGCACCCAGCUGGUGCCCA